AUGGAAAAAGAGGAAUCUGUGGAUCCUGAGAGGUUAUUGCAGUGUCCCUAUGAAAAAAAUCACAAAAUCAGAUCAUGCAGGUUCCCACACCAUCUUGUGAAGUGCAAAGAGAAUCAUCCUGAAAUUGCUGCCAAAUUGGCUACUUGUCCCUUUAAUGCUCGUCACCUGGUUCCACGAGAUCAACUCACUGAACAUAUUGCAACUUGUAUGGACAAAACUUCCCUUGAAGAUGAUGUAGAAUCCUUGGAAGACCCUAGCCCAAGUUUUGUUUGGGGUAUGGCGGGUUCGGCCACUGCCACUACCCCUGCUGCCACGGCGGCAGCUGCUGCUGCCUGCAGGUUCUGUAUUGAGGUUGUCAAGAAUCUUGGCAGACAUGCUAUAAGACAGCCAAUUGGGCCAGUGGGAGACGUCCCCCGGAUCCCCAUCAGGGUAAACUAUCCACCAGUGUGGACAUUUGGGCCCGUCUGUAGUCCAGCACUUUCUGUCUGA